AUGGCGACCCUCGACGACACAUUCAACCCAGCGGCACUUACGAGAUCAGAUACAAUUACCUCUGUCAACAGCACGACGAAGGUGCCUCCUGGUUCUUCGUCGAAACCCACGAAACCGACGCAGAAUUACCCUCGAAUUGACCUCGAACCGCUGUACACCGAACUCAAGUCGUUGAUCGGACACCACUGGGAAACAUACUACGAUGCAAUAACGAGAUUUAUUCGAGGUGAAUUGAAUGCGAGAGAGUUUGGCGACCUGUGCGAUGCCUUCAUCUACGCGUCCCCGCAGUCAGAGCACGCCCACAACUCCCUCGUCCUCGCCAUCCUGUGCAAUACAAGCCGAGAUCCUCCCGAUCCAGGACUGGCAGCAUGGGUCAGUGCGACAACCGACAAGUCGGCGGUCGCCGCAUCCUCGAAACCGGCCAUCACCAGCGAUGCGGCAGAACAGCGGCUGAAGGUGGAGGUGAUGGCUCUGCCACCGCGGGAUAGGAGGCGGCUGAAAGCCAUUGCCAAUGACAAGGCGGAAGAGGAGGCCAUGGCGCGCAAGACGCCGUACGAAGACUACUACAAUGCACUUCGAAUCAAGGCACCAGAGCAGGUCAGUGGGAGCGCUGGAGGGUUGACGAAAACGAACUGGGAUCUGGAAAUCAGAAAAAGAUAUCUGCAGCCACUGUUCAGCGAAACCCUCGAGUUCCCCGACACGCCGACCCUGCACGCGCGGAUCGUCCCGAUCUGCUACGAAGAGUCCGUCUCGUCUGGUUGUUCUGUGCAGUGCGCCGAGCUCGUGGGCAUUGCCGCCGAAAGUUACUUGAAAGGCAUCCUGGGCGAAGUCUUCGACCGAACUCGAUCGAACGGGCCGAGAUACGACAACAGCGCUUCGGGCGGCAUUCUGACAAGCUCCUACCAGAAGAAGAUCGCUCGAGAAGCCACCGAAGUGAAGAUGGGAAGAUUGCGGCGGACCCUCGCCGAUGAUCUUCUCCCGACGGAAUCCGAGGUGGCCUACUCGAGGAGACCGAUGGGCAUGCCCGACCUCCAACUCACGGCGCAGGUUGGACCGUUGCCCUGGAAUGCCAUGCCUCUGCUUGGAGCCACCGUGACCAACGCGUCGGCAGGCUACGACUACGAGGAUUGGCGCGCCAGUCAGGAGUAUGCCAACGCCUCCAGUGAUGGCCUUGGCGAGCCGGCCAGUGAUCCCAUGGACGUCGACAACAAUGACAAUUAUGGUUGGGAGGGCGCAGGCGCGCAGGAUCGAGCUGGACUGGAGUCCGUUCUGGCCGAUUGUCUGACCAUCCGUGUGUAG